AUGGCGUCACUGGGCCUUGCUCCGGGGCUGGCGUGCGACCUGCAGCAGCGGCAGCUGCUGCAGCAGGAGCAGCAGCUGCUGCAGCAGCAGCAGCAGCAGCAGCAGCAGCAGCAGCAGCAGCAGCAGCAGCAGCAACAGCAGCAGCAGCAGCAGCAGCAGGCGGCGGCGGCAGCGUUUUUCCUGCAGCAGCAGCAGCAGCAGCAGCAGCAGCAGCAGCAGCAGCAGUUGCAGCAGCUGCUGUUGCUGCAGGAGGCGGCCUGCCCCUUUCAGCAAGAGGCCGCAGCGCUAAUACUGCAGCAGCAGCAGCCGCCCGUGCCACCGCCGCACCAGCACCUCGCCAGCCCUUUCGCCUCCGCAACUCUGUGGAACGCGCCAUUCGCCGCGGCCUCGGCCGCCGCCGCCGCUGCCAUCGCUGCCGACGGCUCGCCUGUGGUCGAUGCGGUGCCUGCACACCCGUGGGAGUCUGCCGCUGCCAACGGCUGGCUGGGGCCCGAGCUGCCCGCGCCCGCCGGCCCCCUCGGCCCCAACGCCGCUGGCGCCGCGCCGCCGCCCGGGGUCAGGUGGCCGGCCGCGGCGGCGGCGCCCGCUGUCGCCGCAGCGCCUGCAGCGGGCGUUGCUGCGGCUGCUGCGCCUGGCGCGGCAGAGGAGGAGAUGGACACGUUUUUCAGCCUGCUUAUGAGCAUGGUGUGA